UCUGUUAGAUUGCGACAAAGCAAUAUAAUCAGAUAAUUCGACAUUCGCCACGGACUCCUUGUAUUCUAAUGUAGUGUGAAAUGUUUGUGUCGUGAGGCGAAUCUCAUUGAAAAUGGCAGCCCAGGUUCAAUUAGCAAGCCUGGUGUGGCUCAAGCCACAAGGCAGCUCCGAGUUCGACAUUCCCAUAGCGGUCAAAGUGCUGAAGAGCAGCGGGAACACCCUCCAGGUGCAAGAUGACGACGGCAAGGUGUUCUCAGCAACCAUCAAUGAUGUACUGAAACCACUCCACGCGACGUCCGUGAGCGGCGUCGAGGACAUGAUAACUCUUGGCGAGCUCCAGGAAUAUACCAUCCUCAGAAACCUCCAUAUAAGAUACAAGCAACAGUUGAUUUACACAUACACGGGGUCUAUGCUGAUCGCUAUCAAUCCAUACGAGAUCCUGCCUAUAUACACCAUGGACCAGAUACAUUUCUACCAGGCGACGAACAUAGGGGACGUGCCGCCACAUAUUUUCGCCAUCGGAGAAAAUUCUUACAGGGAACUCAACCAGACCUCUACAAACCAGUGUAUUGUUAUAAGUGGCGAAAGUGGUGCAGGAAAAACGGAAAGCACAAAAUUGCUGUUACAAUAUUUAGCCGCGGCCAGCGGGAAGCAUUCCUGGAUUGAGCAGCAAAUACAGGAAACAAAUCCGGUUCUAGAGGCGUUUGGUAACGCUAAAACAGUAAAAAACGACAACUCCUCGAGAUUCGGAAAAUACAUUAACAUAUAUUUUAGCAGAAAAGGUGUUAUUGAAGGGGGCAAUAUAGAUCAAUAUCUUUUAGAAAAAUCACGUAUCGUAUUUCAGAAUAACGGUGAAAGGAAUUAUCAUAUAUUUUACUCGCUUGUUGAGGGUUUAACAGCUGAUGAGAAAAGGAAGCUAGAGCUCGGUCGUGCAGCUGACUAUUACUAUUUAAACUCUGGCAACAUGCUCUCCUGCGAAGGUCGUAAUGAUGCCCUGGAAUUUGCUGAUAUAAGAUCUGCCUUCAAAGUUCUGAACUUUUCAGACGCAGAGGUUUGGUCUGUAUUCGGUCUAUUAGCUGCAAUUUUACAUUUGGGAAACUUGAAAUUUAAAGGUUUCCAUGUGAACAACAUAGAGUCGUCAGAAGUAUCUGACAUGAUUAAUGCAAGUAGGAUUGCGUCACUUUUAGGAGUGAAUAAAUCUGUGCUUUGUGAUGCUUUGACAAGAAAGACCUUUGUGGCACACGGUGAAAAAGUAGUGUCCACCAUAACAGUAUCGGCUGCCACGGAAGGUCGAGAUGCAUUGGUUAAAGCGAUAUAUGGACACAUAUUUGAGUACAUUGUCGAAGGUAUAAACCGAACAUUACAUAGAGACCAGCAAUUGUCCAGCGGUUCUGUAGGGAUUCUAGAUAUAUUUGGUUUCGAAAAUUUCGAGUCUAAUAGUUUUGAACAGCUUUGCAUCAAUUACGCAAACGAGAAUCUGCAACAGUUUUUCGUCAAGCACAUAUUCAAAUUGGAGCAGGAACAGUAUGAGAAGGAAGGAAUAAUUUGGUCAAACAUAAAUUACGUCGAUAACCAGGAAAUGUUGGAUAUGAUAGGCCUGAAGCCUAUGAAUCUGUUGUCGCUGAUCGACGAAGAGUCGCGAUUCCCGAAAGGCACUGACGUCACUCUUCUAUCCAAACUGAAUAGCAAUCACAGCACUAAGUCGUGCUACGUAGCUCCGAAAUCAACGCAUGAACAUUCUUUUGGAGUGAAACAUUUUGCCGGCAACGUGCAGUACAAAAUAAAAGGAUUCCUGGAUAAAAACAGAGAUAUGUUGACGACAGACAUCAAAGAGAUGAUACUGGAUUCGAGUAACUCUUUCUUGAAAAACGUAUUCGCGCUGGAAACGAAGCCUAGUUUCCAGAGUGGUCGGAAGACAGUGUCUUUAAGCCACCAGUUCAAAACGUCCUUAGAAUCUUUAAUGAAAACCUUGUACGCCUGCCAUCCUUUCUUCGUGCGAUGUAUCAAACCAAAUGAAGUAAAACAGCCUAGGAUUUUCGACAAAACGUUGUGUGUGCGACAAUUGAGAUAUGCUGGCUUGAUGGAAACGGCAAAAAUAAGGCAAGCUGGUUUCCCCAUACGCUACUCUUACUACGAAUUUGUCUACCGAUACAGACUCAUAGUCCCCGACAUACCGCCCGCUGAAAAAGUGGACUGUAAAGUAGCUGCUAAAAAAAUAUGCACUGAAGUGUUGAAUGAUGAUGAAUUUCGACUGGGACAUACAAAAGUGUUCCUUAAAGAUACACAUGAUGCCAUCCUGGAAGAUCUAAGGCAUAAGGUUUUACUGAACGCUGUAAUAAGAGUACAAGCGAAUGCAAGAAGGUUCAUUCUAAGGCGACAAUUCCUGAGGCAGCGCGCCGCCGCCUUGACCAUACAGAAACAUUUCCGAGCUCGAGGAUACAGAAAGAGAUUUUUGAUAAUGCGAAGAGGCUACUUACGAAUACAAGCAGCCAUUAAGUCUAGAGAACUAAGAAAGACUUUCGUGAAUUUAAGAAAGUUCUUCACCAAAUUUCAGGCACAUUGCAGAGGUUUUAUUAUUAGAAAAUUGGUCAAAGAAAAGGGCGGUAUUCUCAGAACGAGGUUAGCGCAAUUAAAGAAAGAGAAAGACGUAUCGAUUAAAUCUGGUACUAAAGAGAAAGUUGCAGAAGAUGAAUAUGAGAAGAACUUUACCGAACUCAUGAGGUCUAUUUGGAUAAUUAAAGAAACUCCAGUAGAAAAUAACAUACAAAACAACACAGUAAUUGAUGAUAGAUAUGUGGAUGAUGUAUUCGGGUUCCUUAAAGAUUCUUCUACUCCCGGUGGCACAGUUCGAGGAACUGGUUUUGGUGUGGUAUCUACGCCCAAAGCACAAAUAACGAACGUGAUUCCAAUACCACAAGAGCCUCAAGAGGAACCAAUAGACGAGUACAACUUCAGAAAAUUCGCUGCCACAUAUUUCGUUGGCAAUACUACCCAUCAAUACUCCAGAAAACAUCUUAAAAAUUCCCUUCUUGAGUUACCUUCGCCUAUUGAUAAAGAAGCUGCGGUGGCAUUAUGGAUCACUAUAUUGAGGUUUAUGGGCGAUUUGGCCGAGCCAAAAUAUGUUGACGACAAAGUUGAUAAUAUACCUGUAAUGACCAAGUUGUCCAAUACGGUCGGUCGUGCUUUCCAGAAGAGUAAGGAAUUUGAAGAACUCUUGUCUCAAGAUAAAUAUAAUAAGAAAAUGAUAAACAAAACACUAAAACGCCAGACUAAAUUGAAUGAAGAGCUGAUGAAAAGCCUAGUUAAUGAUGAAGUGACUAUAGAGAUGUACAGCGCUUGGUUGAACUCAAGGCGAAGCACUAACUUGGAGAAGCUACACUUUAUAAUCGGCCAUGGCAUCAUAAGAAAGGAAUUGCGAGAUGAAAUUUUGUGCCAGCUAUGCAAGCAGCUGACAAACAACCCGUCUAAAGCCUCCCAUGCCCGUGGGUGGAUAUUACUAUCUCUUUGCGUCGGCUGCUUCCCGCCCUCUGAGCGAUUCGUCAAAUACCUGCGAUCGUUUAUUCGUAAUGGUCCACCAGGUUACGCCCCUUACUGUGAAGGAAGACUUUUAAGAACCUUCAAAAAUGGUUCCCGAACACAACCGCCUAGUUGGUUGGAACUUCAAGCUACCAAAACCAAAAAACCUAUUCUGCUAUCGGUCACUUUAAUGGACGAAUCUGUCAAAACAAUUCAAUCGGAUUCCGCCACAACUUCCGAAGAAAUAUGUCAACAAAUAGCAGAUAACAUCGGUCUGAAAGACACAUUCGGGUUUUCUUUAUACAUAACUUUAUAUGAUAAAGUUCUUUCAUUAGGAAGCGAAGGAGAACAUAUUAUGGACGCAAUUUCUCAAUGCGAACAGUUUUCUAGAGAACAAGGGACACCGGAGAAAAACGCCCCUUGGAGAUUAUUCUUCCGUAAAGAAAUAUUUACACCCUGGCAUAAUCCAGCUGAGGAUUCGGUAGCGACUAAUCUGAUUUACUAUCAAGUAGCUAAAGGAGUGAAAUUCGGCGAAUACCGUUGUAAUAACGAACAAGAUUUAGCGAUGUUAGCUGCUCAGCAACACUAUAUUGAGUACGGGCCUAAAAUAGAUCCAAACGUCCUUCGUAAAGUCAUUGUAAAUUAUAUACCGAAUCAAUUUAUUCAGUCUAACGACGCUGCAUUGACAAAAUGGGAACAUUUAGUUACAAAAGCCUUUGAGUCUGCACACAGUGUUCAAUCAAGAAUAGACCCGCUGCGAUGUAAAGAAGAUAUCGUUAUAUUCUCAAAAUUAAAAUGGCCUAUGCUUUUCUCCAGAUUCUUUGAAGCACUUAAGUUGAAAGGCGAUGCUAUUAGCAAAGAUCUUGUUAUAAUAGCCGUUAACUGGACUGGCAUUUACAUAGUUGAUCAAACAGAGCACAUACUACUUGAGAUAGCGUUUUGUGAAGUAACUUAUGUCGCUUACAAUGAAGACAAAGAUUUGGAUAAUGUUGGUCGAAUUACAAUAAGAACCAUACAACAAGAAGAAUUUGAAUUCCAGAGUGUCGAUGCAAGUGACAUGAGUUCAUUAAUUAUUUAUCUAAUAGAUGGCCUCAAGAGACGGUCGAUCUACGUGAUAGCACAAAACGACUCUCAGGGUUACAGCGACGCUUCAUCAUUCUUACAAUACAAAAAAGGUGAUCUAAUAACUCUUUUGCAAGACUGUACAGGGGAAUCUUUGAUGAAUUCAACAUGGGGCCAUGGAUUUUGUAAUGGUCAAGAAGGUCUAUUCCCUACAGAACAAGUAUAUAUUCUACCGACAAUGACAGAGCCCACCGGUGGAACUUUAGAAGUGUUCAAAAAAGGUAAUAUUACUAAUGAUAAGAAAACAAAAUCAAAGUAUAAUACAAUACAACGGAAACGAAUGUACACGCUUGAAAAAUUCGCUAAGGAACACUUCAGGGAGAAUACGGAAGGUAAUAGUAGCGCAUCUGGUGUGUCUACUUUAACUACUGCGAAAAAGAAUGUAGCUGUUGACUUGUGGGUCCACAGUCGAGAGCCACUUCGGAAGCCAUUGCUGAAGAAACUACUAGAAAACGAAAACAUGUCGAAACUAGCAGUUAUGGCUUACAUGGGUCUUCUUAAAUACAUGGGAGAUAUGCCUGCUCCUAAAGCGAGGACAGUGACAGAGUACACCGAUGAAAUAUUCCGAGCAGCCAUUACUGAGCCUCUACUACGAGACGAAGUUUAUUGUCAAAUCAUGAAACAGCUCACCAAUAAUAGGAUACAGCUAAGCGAAGAGCGCGGUUGGGAAAUAAUGUGGCUCGCGACAGGAAUUUUCGCUUGUGGGCCUGUAUUGUUGAAGGAGUUGGUGGAAUUUCUGAAGACACGACCACAUCCUAUUGCGAAGGAAUGUUUGAAAAGAGUGUUUAGGAUACAAAAGAGUGGUCCGAGAAUGUAUGCCCCUUACGUGGUGGAAGUGGAAGCUAUUCAGCAUAGAAGUUUGCAGAUAUAUCACAAAGUUUAUUUCCCGGACGAUACAGAUGAGGCGUUCGAGGUCGACUCGUCUACGAAGGCGAAAGAUUUAUGUGAACAAAUUACUGGCAGAUUAAAUUUGAAAAAUAGUGAUGGGUUUAGUUUGUUCGUGAAGAUCGCUGAUAAAGUGUUCUCCGUUCCAGAAAACUAUUAUUUCUUUGAUUUCGUAUAUGAACUUGUUGAGUGGAUGAAGCAAACGCGGCCUAUUCGUGGAGGAGCGCAAGUGCAAAUGAACUACCAAAUAUUCUUCAUGAAGAAAUUGUGGAUAAACACUAUCCCCGGGCGAGACAAGAAUGCUGAUCAAAUAUUUUAUUACCCACAAGAGUUACCCAAGUAUCUGCGUGGUUACCAUAAGACUUCAAAACAAGAUCUUAUUGAAUUAGCAGCUCUGAUCUAUAAAGCUAGGUUCGGAAGUGACCAAACACUGCUACCACGAAUUACAGAAAUGUUAGAGGAAUUUAUACCACCAGAUAUGGUUAGGUUGCAAUCUAACUCAGCAUGGAAAUCCUCGAUUAGCGCUGCGUAUACGCAGUUAGGUAUAAUGACGCAAGAUGAAGCGAAAGAGAGGUUUUUAAAGAGGAUAUACCAGUUGCCUACAUUCGGCACAGCUUUCUUCGAAGUAAAGCAGACUUCUGAUCCCGCCUAUCCUGAAAUGGUUGUGGUUGGAAUAAAUAAGAAUGGUGUUAGCAUCAUCCACCCCCAGAGUCGAGACGUGCUUAUUACCCACCCAUUCUCUCAAAUAUCCAAUUGGUCAUCUGGCAACACGUUCUUCCACAUGACAAUGGGCAACUUUAUUCGUGGCACAAAAAUAUUGUGCGAGACAUCUUUGGGAUACAAAAUGGACGACCUCAUUUCUUCAUACAUCGCCGUUUUACGACAAACUACCUAUUCAGAAGCCAAGUAGAGAUUGACUGAUCAACGAUGAAAAUGUAAAUAAAUAUUUAGUAAUCUGAUAGAGAUUAGUAUGCUUUAGGUGACAAUUUAUAUAAUUAAAUAAAUAAAUAAAUAUUGUAAAUAGUGGUA